UUAGAUUUCCAGUCUCCAGCCAUGGCGGAUGAGUUCCGGACGAGCGGGAACUGGUGGGAUUCGUCGAGAUCGAAUCGGUUUGAGGCCGGGACGUCGCCGUCCUCUUCGGCGCUGAACAGCUUGGGAAGCUUUGGGUGGUCGUCAACAGAAAAUAUGGUGGACAUGAAGUCUAGGUCUUCCAUGGAUUCUGUGUCUGUCUCCGGUAGCUCUCCGAUGGUUUUCCACGACGGCCAGAAGCUCCAAGGCUCGGACUCCGCCCCCACCGCUGCCGACCCCAACUUGCACAUGAUGGGUUUAGGCCUUUCUAAUUCCCAAGCCAUAGAUUGGAAUCAAGCCUUAUUCCGCGGAGAGAAGGCGGCACAGGAGGGCAGUUUCCGGUCGAUACUACAAGAGAACAUGAGCUCAAACGCGAGUUUCCAACAAGAAGCGGGGCAAAUUCAAUGGAGGGAGAAGUUAUUUUCCGGAGAUCAUUCAUCCUCUAGUGAGUUCAAGCAAAUGAACCGGGGAUUUUCACUCGACCAAUCGCAGUUUAGUCCUCCUUACAGCUCCGGCGAGAGCACGGUGACGUGCCAGGGCUUGUCGAAUUCUAGUUAUCAUCAGGUGGAAUCGGCCGCUUUGUACGGAAGCCCUUCAGCCAUACUAAUGCAAGGCCUAUUUGGACCUGAUAAUUCUCAGCAACAACAGUCUUCUAGCUCUUUAAGUUUACCUAAUUACUCGGCGAAUUAUGGCUUGAACUCUAAUGAUCAGAUAAUGUCUUCUACCAAUUGGUCUAGUAAUAGUAGUAAUAAACUGCCUCAGUUUCUGAGAAGUACUACUUCGCCUCCGAAGCAGCAGCAGCCGCCGCCGCCGCUGCCGCCGCCUUAUAACAACAGUCAUUUGCACUUCUCGAACAACGCCCCGUUUUGGAACGCGCCCGAAUCCGCCAUGAAGGAUGUUCGGGCGACGUUUUUCCCGACAUUGCAGCCGCAGUUUCAGACCGCAACCUUCGACGAAAAACCAAAGAAUAUAUCCGAAGUUAGGGAUUCGGUUGCAGUAGUGGGGAAGAAAAGUGGAGGUGAAGCUGCAUCCAAUAAAAGGCCGCGAAAUGAUCAAACGCCAUCACCUUUGCCAGCUUUUAAGGUGAGGAAAGAGAAGAUGGGGGACAGAAUCACUGCACUCCAACAAUUGGUUUCACCUUUUGGAAAGACUGAUACUGCCUCAGUGCUCUCUGAAGCAAUUGAAUACAUCAAGUUUCUACAUGAACAAGUCACUGUUUUAAGCACCCCAUACAUGAAAAGUGGAGCUCCCAUACAGCAUCAGCAGAAUUCUGAAAAAUCUAAGGACCCCGAAGAUCCCAAACAAGACCUAAGAAGUCGAGGUUUGUGCUUGGUGCCGGUUUCAAGCACUUUUCCGGUCACUCAUGAGACGACAGUCGAUUUUUGGACACCCACAUUCGGCGGAACUUUCAGAUAGAAGAAGAGAUCAUGAAGAAAAACGGGCGAAUUAUAGAGGAAAAACAAAAAGAACCCUAUUCUGUUCAACUAGCUAGCUAGUAUAUGCACAUAUCUUAUCAAACCCUAGCCAAGUUGGGAACGAUAAGAUCAGACGGAAAAAUGAAAAAAAACAAAAAAACAAAAAACAAAAAACAAAAAAGAAGCAGAAAAACAGAUACGCCCACGUAUUGGUACCGGUAGUCUGGGGAUCCAUGGGAAAGGAUAUAAUAAAAUUUAGUGAUAGAGAAAGAAAAGGAAAUGACACUCCAAAGGGACAUGCCAUUGUUGGGACAGCUACAGGCAAAAUGAUGCAGUUUUGGCCAAGAUUGGGACCAUUAGGGAGAGCAUAUUAAUUGUUGUAUUAAUAAUUGAAGAAUUAUGAUUAGAGAGUUGGGUUAGGAAUGAGAACAGAUUCUGAGCUUAGGGAAAGUUUUCUUUCUUUUUUUCUUUCUUUUUCCUUUUCUUUUUGUUUUUGAUUUAUAAUUUAUUAGUUUAGAGAAAGAAUUGUUGUUAGAAGCUGAGUUAAGUAGAAGAUAAAGGAGCUUUUAUUCCUCUGUUGCUAUAUUGUGAAUAGAGCUGGCACUACCUUUAGUUUAAGAGAAAAAGGAAGAAGGAAAAAAAAAAAAGAAAGAAAAAGAAAAGAGAAAAAAAUUGGAAGGGAAUAAUGAAUUUUAGAAUAGAGAGGUUGAGUAAG